AUGUCUGAGAAUACCAAAAUGGCAUACAACUCUUUCUAUGCACACAAAAAAUGUCUGCUGAUCUGCGGUAUUGUGGCGAUCGCCAACAUGCAGUACGGGUUCGACAGUUCCGGUGUGGGCGGUCUGCAGGCUAUGCCUGGGUUUUUGAUGGUAUUUGGCUACAAAAGUCCUGGCAACGAAUUGGGCUAUGGGAUUAAUAGUACAGUCCAGCAGCUGAUCACUUCGUUACUUACGCUUGGCUCCUUUUUAUCAUCACUGUUAGCGGGCUUAUUUUCCCAAUUUCUUGGCCGGCGCCCAGCACUUUGGAUGGCUUGCGUCCUGAACGCCGCUGCUUGUGCCAUUCAAAUAACCAGUACCUCAAGCAAUAUCCUCUAUAUCGGACGACUUCUACUGGGUUUUGCGAAUGGCUUUUUCGUGACAUUCUCGAACAUAUACACCGCCGAAGUCGCACCAGCACAUCUGCGCGGCGUAACCGUCGCGCUUUUCGCCUACUGGGUCAAUGUCGGUGCCAUUAUUGGGACGGUUGUGGAUUACUACACCAAGGAUCAGAUGAAUAAAUUAUGCUACCAAAUUCCACUAUCAUGUCUAUUCGUCGUCCCGACAUGCCUGUUUAUAGCGCUGUUCUUUGUCCCCGAAAGUCCUCGGUGGCUUCUGCACAAGGGAAAGGAGCUCCAAGCUCGACGGGCUUUGGAACAAUUAAGGGGGGUUGCUAUUGACCCGACGGAGCUGGAGACUGAGUGGACCGAGAUGAUUCGGGGAGUGAAUGAGGAGAAACGGACUGCGAAGAGUGUGGGAUUCCUAGACAUGUUUCGAGGAGCUGACCUCCGUCGUACCAUGCUUUGCUAUUGCAUGAUAUCCUGCCAGGCCGCAUCGGGUAUCUGGUUUCUGAUCGGAUACAACACGUACUUCUAUUCCAUCACUGGGGUUACCAAGCCGUUCCAAUAUUCAAUCAUGAAUACGUGCCUGGGCUUUCUCGGAGUCAACGUCGGCAUGUUUUCCAUUAGAUACCUAGUCGGUCGCCGUUCAAUCCUUCUGGUCGGUGCUUUGGGUUGUGGGCUCAGUCAGCUCGCUGCCGCCAUUUCUGCAAGUAUCAUGUCAUCGUCCCCAAAUACCCUCGUGGCAUUCAUGGCCAUAUUUAUGGUGUUCUAUAACGGAUGUAUCGCAACAGCCAGCUACAUUGUUGCAACGGAGGUGGUGAGUUCGCGGUUGAGGGCGUGGACUGUCGGUUCAGCCACCUCUGUGGGCUCGCUACUCGCCUGGUUGACGAACUUCUGCACCCCGUAUUUUAUCAACCCUGACAAUUUGAACUGGGGUGCGAGAUACGGAUACAUCUGGGCUGGUUCGAACUUCGUCGUCUUACUCUUUAUCUUGUUUUUCAUGCCGGAGAUGAAGGGUCGUACUUUGGAGGAGCUCAAUGAAAUGUUCGCUGCCAGAGUUCCCACCCGGAAAUUUCGUCAGUAUCAAUGCGCCAUGCACGAAGAGAUUGUCCGCGAUGUGAACGCGCAGAAGGGCGGGGGAGAGGUGUUUGAGAUUGAAGACGUUCGAUCUAGCAAGUGA